UUGCCUUCACUUGGGACGGCACACAUCGUUAGGGAUCUUUGUCUACUGUACCAGCCUCUAUCAGCCUCCUCAUACCUGCCUUCAGUCCACAUCAUCUCCUUGAAAACUUUCCUCAACAUCAGGUGCAGAUAGUCACAACCAGGUUGCAAUUUUCCAGUCUACUUUUAGCUAAUCCAAGCUGCGAAUUUCCAAGCCUGACAUUAUGGAUAUUGCCAUCCAACAUCCCUGGUUUAGACGCACCCUGGGCUACCCCACCCGCCUCUUCGACCAGUUCUUUGGAGAAGGCCUGUUCGACUAUGACCUCUUUCCAUUCGCUGCCUCAAGUAUCAACCCUUACUAUCGACACUCACUCUUCCGCAGCUUGCUGGACUCCUCCAACUCAGGCAUCUCUGAGGUAAGGUCUGACAGAGACAAAUUCACAGUGUACCUGGAUGUGAAACAUUUCUCUCCUGAUGAGCUCAAUGUCAAGGUGACAGAUGACUAUGUGGAGAUCCAGGGCCGGCAUGGAGAAAGACAGGAUGAUCACGGCUACAUCUCCCGUGAGUUCCGCCGCCGCUACCGUCUGCCUUCUAACGUGGACCAGUCUGCUAUCACCUGCACACUGUCUGCUGAUGGCCUGCUUACUCUUUGUGGACCCAAGACUGGUGGCACAGAGGCUGGUCGUGGAGAUCGCACCAUCCCUGUUACCCGGGAGGACAAGACCAACUCAGGCUCCUCCUCUUAGACAGGUCACUCCCCACAGCCAGGUGGCGGUAUGGAGGUGUGAGUGGGGCUCACAGGGGGCUUUCAUUUCAGAGGGCAUCUAAAAGUGGAUUUAAGCAAAUCCUCUUUUUGUUUAUGAUUAAAUAAGCCUUUCCUCCCAUUUCCACUUCAAAGGGUAUCAGUGUAUAUCUGACCUAAUACCUUCUUUCAUUAGACUACACUA